GAGAAGACGGCCGAGGGAGCGGGGAUCAAGGCCACACCGGGAAACCAGGAGCUGAGAAGGGCGACCUUGUUUGCACGAGCACUCAAGGGACCCGCCGGGGGGGCUGUGGAUUGGAUUGGUGCUUUGGGGCCUGUGUGCGUGCGCGUUCGUGGGGUGCUGUCCCAGGGGAAGCCCAAGGUCUUGAGAGCAGGCAGUCGGCGGCGGCGUCGACCUUGGGAGGAACAAGAAGAACAAGGCUGUUGGAAGGGGCGACGGGGGUUCCAGCGCUUUGGUUUGAUUUGAUUGGUUGGUUGGGGACACGGAAGGAUGUCGCUCGAGUCGGGACAGCUGGUGUUCGUCAAGGACGAGGUGGAGGGAUGGCUCCCCGCGACGGUGGGGGCCACCAACGGCCAGGGGGAGGACAUGUCGCUCGAGCUCGUGCACGAGGACGGACGCACUGAGACGGUAUCCAAGGUGUCGGAGGAGUGGCUGCAGCGGGGGGACCCGAGCUGCCUGAAGGGCGUGGAGGACAUGGUGAAGAUGGACGUUCUCACCGUGGGUUCGGUACUACACAACUUAAGAACUCGGUACGCCAACCAAGACAUCUACACCUCCGUGGGGUCUAUCCUGGCCGCGAUCAACCCGUACGUGCUCAUCCCGUCGCUGUACGACGAGAACUGCAUGAACCUCUACGCCAACAUGGCGACGGACGCGGGCGCGCCGCCUCACCCGUACGAGCUCAUGGAGCUUGCUUACAGGGGGCUCAUCACCGACCAUCGCAGCCAGUCCGUGCUCAUCAGCGGAGAGUCCGGGGCAGGAAAAACAGAAACCACCAAGUACCUCCUAUCGUACCUGUCGCACCGCAGCAGCACCAUGGAGAAGGAGCGGAGGGAGGCGGUACCCAGUGUUGAGCAGGCAAUCCGUGGGGGCGGGGGGGGGACGGGGGAUGGGAGAAAGGGGGCGGGGGGGGGGGUCCCAUCAGGGAUCGCCAGAGGGGCAUCGGGGAGAUCGGGAUUGGCCCUGAUUAUUACCAUCGCCGUUUGUUUUUUCCAGCGGCGCAAUAGCAUCGGGGGACGUUUCAGCGUUGAGGACAGCGUGGUGAUGUCGAACCCCGUUAUGGAGGCGUUCGCCAACGCCAAGACUACCCGCAACCACAACUCGAGUCGCUUCGGAAAGUACAUCCAGGUGACCCUUCACUCUAGCGGCGUGGUCACCGGAGGCCGGGUGACGACCUACCUACUCGAGAAGACCCGCGUGGCCAGACAGCUCGCAGGCGAGCGUAGCUACCACGUCUUCUACCAGCUGUGCCAGGGGGCAAACGACGACAUGCGGGCGCGCCUGGGACUUCAGGAAGCGGCGGAGUACCGAUCCCUGGUGGCGGCGUCUGCGCGGGAUGCUGUGGCCAAGGCUCUGUACUCGUCGCUCUUCGACUGGCUGGUGGAGAAGAUCAACCUCACGCUGACUGCCGCCAUGAACUCCAAGACUGCCGCGAACACGAGCAACAAGUUCAUCGGACUGCUGGACAUCUUCGGGUUCGAAGCGUUCGGAACCAACUCCCUGGAGCAGCUUCUGAUCAACUACGCCAACGAGAGGCUACAGCAGCAGUUCAACGCCUUCGUCUUCAAGCUUGAGGAGGAGGAGUUUGCCAAGCAGGGCCUUAGCAAGGUGUACGUUGAGCACUGCCGGGUGGAGUUCGCCGACAACGACGACGUUCUCCGGCUGCUGGAGGGCAAGCCCCAGGGCAUCCUCUCCCUCCUGAAAGAGGAGUCGACUCUCAAGACGGGAACGGGGCUCAAGCUGGGCAAGCGAUACCGCCAGGCCUUCAAGGGAAACGACCGAUUUGCUCUCCCAAGAGCGAGAGGGGGAAACCGGGCGGGCACGGAGGCGACGUUCGGGAUUGUCCACUUCGCCGGGGAGGUGAUCUACGACGCCACGGAGUUCGUGGAGAAGAACAAGGACGAGGUGCCCACGGCCCUCCAUGACCUGGUGCUCAGCAGCAACGACAGGUUUGUUGCUAACCUGCUGGAGGAGUACGCGGGGGACGCCACGGGCGGCGGCGGCGCACGGGGGAAGCGGCGCGGAGUUCCAUCAGGAUCUUCUCACAGACGAGGUGGGGGGCAGCCUGCGAAGGGGCGCGCCCAGAAGGGUUCGGUGCUAGUCACAGGAAAGUUCGUGGGCAGCCUGGGAUCUCUCAUGGCUGCUAUCUCGGAGACCGAGCCGCACUACAUCCGCUGCGUCAAGCCCAACGAGGAGCAGCUGCCCAUGUCUUUCCAGGCCAGUGGGGGGGGAGGAUACAUCCUGGAGCAGCUGAACUGGAUGGGCAUGGUGCAGAUCGUCGAGAUCCGGCAGCGAGGGUUCAGCGUCCGCUACCCGCAUAACGAGUUCGUGUGCAAGUACGGCCGCAUCGUGGGCAGGGGGCCCGGCGAACCGGACUUCCAGGGUCCCGUGGAGGGGGAGAACCAGGCGCCCGCCGCGUGGCGCGACGAGGCUGAAAGGAUAUCGGCGGAGCUGGUGCACCAGGGUCACAUGGAGGCUGGCAAGUUCCACCUCGGCACGACGAAGAUCUUCCUCAGGACGGCCACACAGAGGACCCUCGACGCCGCGCGAGAAGAGCAUGUGCGUAAGGAGGCCCAGCAGAUGCUGACGACCGCCAUCGAGAGCAGGUCGAGGGAAGACCUUACAGCCGCCGUGGCCCUGGCGACGCAGCUUCGCCUCAGAUCGCCGCAGGUGGAAGAAGCGAAGCUCCUCAUCCGGGAGUUGCUCCGAGAGGAGGCCUUGGAGAGGGUGCAGGUGGCCAUGGAGGAGGAGGACUUCGACGUCCUCAUCAAGUCCAUUCAGGCAGCAUCAGCUACCGGAGUCAGAGACCUGGAGCUGGAGAGCGCUCGCAGCCUGUGCCGAGACAUACAGCACCGGAAAGACCUGGUCAACAAGCUGCGGAAGGCGACCGUGGGGGCCGGCACGUGCCUCGAGGAAGGUGGGGACCCGGUGCCCCACCUCCAAGCGUUGGACCCCAUACUGGCCGAGCUUCGAGAGCUGGAGACUACUGUCAAGAAGGCUCCCACGGAAGAGGUUGAUGACGCCAGGGCUAUCCGGCAGGAGCUUAAGCACCUACAGGAGGCGCCGGUGCUGCAGGCGAUGGAGAAGGAAAUGGCCAGGGACAGGCCGGACAUGGGUACCCUCAGGUCGUUGAUCGCCAUGGCUUCGGACGAAGUCGGGGUUGAGCUUGGCACCGAGACUGUAGACAAGUGCAAGGCGGCCCUUGAACGAGCGGAGGAGCUUCAGGCCGAGGAAGAGGCCGCUGCGGAUGCGGAACAGGCGAGCGUGAUCGAGGAGCGCAGCCUGGAGGAGCAGGAGGAGGCGGCCAGGGCGGCGGCGGCGGCGGCGGUGGAAGCCGAGAAGGCGGCGGCGGCGGCGGCAAGGGCGGCGGUGGAGGCUGAGGAAGCUGUAAACCUUGCCGCCGUGCAAGAGGGCUCCUUCCGACAAGCUCCGGCUACGGUGCAAGCCCUGGCUCGCGUCAGGCCGGAACCGAAGGCGGACCCGGUGGACGUAGCACGGGAGAUGGACAUUCUCGUGCCCGGGGCCGUCGCGAACGCCAUCCGCAUGGACGACCACAAGGGCCGCGGCGGAUCCGCGGUGCUCCAGGAAUCACUGGAGCGGUUGAUGAGGGACGCGCAGAUGAACGGGAUCAGGCAGAUCCCCCGCGAGCCCGCGCCAAAGCCCCAGGCCCCGCCGUCGCCCCCGAAAGAGGAAGGGAAGGAGGACUACCCCUACAGGCACAUCCCGCUGUACACGGCGAACGUUCGGAUUGGGCAUCGUACGGGCCUGCACAUGACCAACUUCGAGCUGCUCGAGGCUCUCAAGAGGGGCACGAAGCUGCUGAAGGUGACGAAGAGCCAUUUCAGCAAGAGGAGGACCGUGGUGAAGUGGGUCAGCGUGAGCGACGACCUGACCAAGCUGAGUUGGUCAAACGACCUCAAGAACUCGUCGGGCGCGAAGUCGAUGGACCUGAGGGCCACGGGCAGUAGCGCCAUCACGGGCCUAACGGUCGGACUGGAAACCCCGACUCUCAUCAAGGAGUGGGAGAGCUCCCCAGUGAAAAGCCGGCUUCCGUCGGAGUGGUGCUACUUCUCGCUUCACACGCCUUCGAGGACCUACGACUUCGGGAGCGAGGAUGCGAGUGUGGUUCUUCUUUGGUGCAUAGGCCUCUCGGCGAUCAUCCCCGAGGCGGGAAGAAAGCCUCCGCUUUGUCAGGCGCAGAAAACGUUCGCGAGGAAGGUCGACCACCGGGCUACGGACGAGGAACCCAUCCCUCUGUGCCCCCUGCUGUGGCCGGUUGCAAGACAGGUCGCUUCCGCGGCGAACGACCUGGGCAUCAACGACCCGUGCUACCGCCAUCAGUGGUGGUCCGCCGUGGAGCUUGUCGAGUCCCCCCUCCCGGACGGGUUCGGCAGGGUCGUACGCGAAGACGGAACGCUGGCCUACCGCUACCCCAAGUCUUCGGAAACCCCGGGGAAGAUCGGGACUCAUCCCCUGCUCCAAGACUACAUGGACAAAAUCGACUACGAUAGCAAGCUGUCGACCUCGCAUCUCCGGAGAUCUUCGAGGGACAGCAGGCGUACCUCGGGGGGGCAGGCCUUGGCCGCGUCUCACCCCAUCAGGUGCUUCGUGUCGUGCUUCAGGGGGGACUUGACGGCCAUUAGAAGGUUUGCGAUUGAGGGGGGCGACGUGGAUUGCCGUUACGAGGACGCAUACGAGAGGCCCUGGACAGUCGCCAUGGGAGGGCCGGACUUCUCAUGGGCGGAACCGGGCCUGGGAACCAACCCGCUCAACUACACCCUUGCCUUCUGCGACAUCAUUGGCGUGGAGACGGCGGCCGGCGUAGUGGCGACGCUGCUCGAGCUGGGCGCCGACGUGAACAGGGACGACGGGGACCCCGAGGUCCGGUACACUCCUCUACACAGUGCCGUGGCCAACGAGGCCCCCGGCCUUGUGCGGACCGUUCUCCAGCACGGCGCUCGUGUCAACACGCCACGGGGAGACCGGCGGAUCCCCCUGCACACGGCCAUGCGCCUGCCCCCCGGGCAAAAGAAGCUGUCCAUCAUAGCCACGCUCCUGGUGGUUGGCGCAGACAUUGACCGCCCAGAGCCGUUCCAGGGCAACACCCCCCUGCACAUGACGUGCAAGAUGGGCGACCUCCGCACUGUCGAGCUGCUCCUCGAGGCGGGUGCGGACAUUUCGAUAACGAACGGCGGGCAGCGAACAGCGAGCGAGCUGGUCCAGGUGGAGCUCUCGGAGCUUAAGGCCUACACGGAUGAGCUGAUGGCGGACAUGGCUCAAGAGGAGGGAGAUGGCGGGGGAACCUACAAGGGUUCCGUUGACAUGAAGGCGGAGCUGGGCCGAACGCAGUCCAAGAAGAUCCGCGAGAUCGCGGUGGUCUUGGAGGAGUGGGUCCCCGCGGACAACGACGAGGGCGUUCUCGACGACCUCCACCCCACCACGGCCAUGAUGCCCGCCGACAGCUCCCAUCUCACCCCCCCCCUCGAAGAAGCAGUAGAACCAGACCAAGAGGUGGAGGACGGGGUAGCCGGGGAGGAGAUGGACUCCCUUACGAACGGCGUCGCGGCGGUGGCGUUUGAGGGGGACGGGGCUUGCGGGGGUGAGAAGCCGCCGCCGCCGCCGCCGCCGCCUCCCGACUACGAGGAGCUUCUGCCGCCAGCGCCGGUGGACGGCGAGGGUAGUGCUGCUGCUGUUGAGGGCGACGGGGGCGACGCAGUCGAAAAGGUUGCAGAGGGGGGAGUGGCGACCCCGGACGGGAGCGAUGCGCACUUGGAGGAGAAGGCCGCCGCCGCUAGUGCCGCACCCGUAUCGGCCUGA